CAAGUUUUGGUUUGGACGCUGGAAAGUCAGCUCAUAAUUUUUGUGGUUUGUUCGUCUGCAGACUGUUCUGGCCAUUUUUUGGGUUUUGGAGAUGCAUGCUGCAAAAGCAUGCGUUUCGUGUCACCGUAACUCUGUCCAAGAAAGUGUUAUGCAUUUGUUUCUUGAUGCGACAUUUGUACUUCUGCAUUACCCACCCAAGUAUCAUUAGGACGCUGUCUGUAGCAGCACAUUCUGCAGGAUCUGCAGUGUCUCUGUGAAGAACUGCAAAGCUGUGGGUAACGCAAAGCUGGGGAUAUACUUCGUAGAGUACUGUCUCACUUGCUGCUUUAGUGUCUGUCAAGUGCAUGCAUUAUCAGAUUUUAGGUGUCCCCCUCAAGAUCGUCAGUGUAGGCAGUGCAGGAUGCUGUUUGACUGGCGCCCAUAUGGACAAUAGGAGCACAGCAGAAAUCAUGGCUGCUCUCGAUUUCACUUAUAGGAUUGGGGCGCUCAGCAGACAUGCAUCGGAAGGUUACUGUAGGUACUCGACUAUUUGUUUGCUGUACUGUAGGUCUGUGGCAGAGUACCAUCGGCACUUAUAUGUUUGUAUUAUAAUUGAUAACUGCCACUGCUGAGUAGGUUUGAUAGCUCCCUUGAGGCUAUUCUAUUCCUACUCGGCGUGUGUAAAAAUGCAGCACGACAACCUUUUAUCUGCGCCUCAUUCCCUGCUGGUAAACAUGAUGCUGUGGGUGGGUUCUUGUAAAGGGU